AUGCCUCCAAAAGAGGGCGACCGGAUCCUGCCCAUGAAGGGGCAGGACCGGCUGCGGGUCCGGUUCGGGAACAGCGCCCCGCGGAAGGUGAUCUUCCCGCCGACCGCCCCGAAAAUGGCCUUGCUGCACGAAUCCCCCGCGGAGUUGUCGCUGAAGCACGUGCACGGGUUUUCGGGGACGAAUAACGGCCUGCAUUUUGUCGGGGAAAAGGAAUUGGUCUACCCGUGCAGCGGGGUCGUGGUCCUGGACGAGGUGACCGGUUUGCCACUUUGCAGUCACACGCACGAAGACCAGAAGCAGAACGCCGGGAACAAGUUGGGCUUUGUGCAGAAUUCCGGCCGAGACAACAGCAACGUGGAUCCGCGGGUAGUUUUAGCCGCUGGUACUUUCCCAUCUUCUUCACAAGCCUCCCCUACUAAAGCCGCCAAACCGCACCCGUCGGAACAGCGGGUUUUCUUCGGGCACAGCACGGAAGUCACCUGCGUGGACUACAACCACACGAAGCGCGUCAUCGCCUCCGGGCAGCGCGACCCGAAGGGGCCCGGGAAACCCUUUGUCUGCGUGUGGCGGGCGGCCGACAUGAUGCUGAUCUCCGUGUUGGUGUAUCACGAAGCGCAGAUUACCUGCGUCGGGAUCGCGCCCAAGGGCGACUUUCUCUUUACCAUGGGCCGCGACGACGCGAACACGGUUGCCGUCUGGGCCGCGGGGCAGUUCUUGCCCGAGGGGAGCGAGCGGGCGAGGGGGUUCGACGCGCAACGAGAAGCCGUGGUGCAUCGCGCGCCCGUCAAAAUCGCGGCCAGCGGGAAAGUGCCAUCGUAAGUACUUAAUAUUUUUCUUGGUUAUAAUGUAAUAUCAAGUCAAGUAACAUAAGAAACUGGUUCUGUCCAUGCAAGAUUGCUUCCCAAAAAUAUUUAUCAAAAAUCUACUCAACAUCCCUAGGUUCUGCUGCACGGUUUCUUUUCUUGCCGCCCCCUUCAUGUUUGCCACCUUUGACACCGGCGGGUUCGGCCGGGGGAUCCUGAAAGUCUGGCGGUUCCGCCCGCGGUUGCACACGCGGCACGGGGACCAAGACCCGACAUUGAACGGAAAGGACUGCGUCAUCGCUGGUUCGGUGCGGGCGAUUACCGCUGCGGCGUUCACCCUGGAGCAGAACCUCCUUCUUGCCUGCGGCGACAACGGCAUUCUCUACGUCUACGAGGGAACGAGCAUAAAACGCACCAUUUCUAUCGUGUCCAACUGCGCCUUGACCGCGGUGCUCGAUCUCUGCAUGCCGGAGCUCGGGUUUCUGGCCGCCUCUGCGGACGGGUGUUUGCACCUGAUCGAGGCAUAUCCAGUGCAAAUUAUAUGUCUGGGUCUGGAAACUUGUGAUGCAAGUCCGUGAACAAUAACAGUGCUCUGUAAUGCGCCGCGAAGCAUGACAAUUUUUGUUCGUGCUUCUGUGCUGCGUAUUUCGCAUGAGAAACUGCGCUUUUGCAUGACAGGCAAGCGGACGUCUUGGUGGCCGCGCAAUACAGAGUGCAGAAUCAUGCCAGACUGGCAUGACAAAUCUCGCGAUCUUUCAGAGCCAGACAUACUUGCAAUGCAUAAGGCACGCGCGGUGACAGAGAUGGACUCGGAGGACGUGGUAGAGACGCUUCCGGUAAACAGACUAGCCGGCCCGGACCAUAACCCGAACUUGGUGAGGUUACUGUGUUCCACCUCGGUCCCCGUCGCCAGGUGCUUUUCCAUCGCGAAAGCGAACCCCAAGCACCACCACCACCACCAUCACGGAGAUCAUUCAGGCGGUGGGAACAAGGACGGGAAAGUGUUGUCGGCCGGGGAACAAGCUGCAGCUGCUGCUGCCGGCAAAUCCAAAAAAGGUCUGUCCACCGCCGCGUCACAGCGGUCCGCGACGGCCUCCCGGAUCGCUAGCUACGUGUCGCAAAUGUCCGGAGGCGGUUCGAAAACCGCCAGCGGGGAAGAAACCGGCUCGAAGUCGGGUGCUGAAUCCGCGUUGAAGUCGAAAUCUCGGGCCUCCAACGGGCAAAGUCGCGCGUCCGGAUCGAAAUCGUCCACCAAGAAAGACGGGGACGAGGAGGAAAACAAGUCGAAGAAGGGCAGUCAGAAGACCGUGGACAGCAGCCAGGCCGACAAGAUCGAGUCCAUGGUCGCGCAACUCCAGGGACAAAUGAUCGGGCACCGGGUGGCGAUCGGGUGUCAGGACAGCACGGUUUUUGUGGUCGACCUGCUCCAGAAGAAGGUCCUGGAAGUGGUCCAAUCCGGCCACAAGUCCGCGGUCGCGGCGAUGGCCCGACAGGGAAACUUGGUUGCGACCGGGAGCAGUGGCGGGGAUUUGCGGUUUUGGAAUCUGAAGGAACCGAGGGCGCCGCUGAUCGGGCGGGUGAUCCACUUUUCCGCGGUGGAGCGGGAUGACGGAAAUAAAAUCAAGCCGAAAACGAAGGAAGAGGUACAGCCUUACGCUACCUUCCAAGGCAUGUACGCAGAUAACAAGAAAAAAUUUAACCCGCAGAGCAGAGUUGGCGGUUCUUUUGGGCAACAGCCGCAACAGCUGCAGCCAGACCCGCGCGUGACGAGGGGAGACCCGUUGAGCCACAACUACUUUGUAGUGGACGUCGAUGCAGCAAACGGGGCGGGGAUGGCUGACGCGAGAAAGUUGUUCGCUUCGACGGUCGGAAAGCAGGUUAAUUUGGUGUACCCGGAAAUAAACAGGCCAGGCGAUAAUUUCGCCGGUCCGUCCUAUUCCGACCAGGAGAUUUUGAAUUACAACAAUUACGGGGGGCAGCGAGGAAGCAACAAAGCUGCACAACAAGGCAACGGCCAGAACCUUUCCCAGCUUCUCCAGUCGAACAGCAACCUGUCCGAUCGGUUGAGCCGCGAAAAAAACCAGUUCACAGAAGAAGCGGACCCAACGCUCGCGAACAAGCGGCUAAUGCAACCCGCCGGGAUCGCGAGCUUGGUAUGCUCUGCAAAAGUAUCGUACUCGUAUGAAUUGCAGUCAUGCAUGACAAAUGUGACUGUCUACCUUAUCCAGCAUGACAAAUUGCAUUUUUCAUCUUGGAAAAAUUUGUAAUGCAAUCUAUACUAGUACGAUGCUUUUACUAUGCAUACUUGGCCUUCGCGGACAACUAUCUCGCCAUCGGGUUUGAGGACGGGUUUCUGCGGAUUCUAGACUUCCCCGGGCUACAGCCGGUGGACAUGCGACCCCUGGCGGAAGAGCGGAUCUCCUGCUUGCAGUUCUCGCCCGAUCAGAGGCUGCUCGUCGCCGGUUCGUUUGACCAGAUGGUCUACGUGCUGGAAGUAGUGGACAAUAAUUUUAUUCAGGAUGUUGCUGACGCAGAGAAUCUGUCCUUGUCAGUCGUCCCUACACCGUCGAGGAGUAGUUUUUCGAAAAGGAACAACAACAGAGCUGCAAACCAGACGAGAAUCCGUGUGCUCGCCGCUCUCUCCGGGAACACGUCGUCUGUCUUGAAGGUGGGAAUUUCACUGGACAAUUCCAUCCUCAUGUCCAACGGCGCCGACGGCUCUCUCCUCUACUACGACUUGCGAACGUUUGAGCGCUACGGAAAGAUGCGGGACUUUCGGGAUGUGCAGUUUAACGUGGCGAUGGCGCAAUCCUGGGCGACGCAGGGGAUCUGGGCCAGUCAGCACCACUGGAACUCGCUCUCGCUGAAUUGCGUGGAUAGCUGUAUAGAGAAUUAUUUUCAUUCGUAAAGAUAAAGAAUAACGUAGACGUACUUGAUGGCGCUUGUCGUGUUGGUAAAACUUACGCAUCAUGAGAGACUGUGAUUUUGUUUUUGCGUCCUUCUUCGCAUGACAAAUUGGAAAAAAUCAAUCUUCUAUCAGUUUCCGAUCUCUGCGUCACCGGUGACGACGACGACAUGGUGAAACUUUUUCCCUACCCUGCCACCUUCGAAAACACGACCGCGAAAGAUUUUUCGGGCCACGCGGGGCAGGUUCUGCAGGCCUUGAUUUGGCAAGACGAGGAUGACAGAGCGGCGAUGAACAAAGGUGGCAUAGUUUCAGCGGAUGUAGUAGUUAACGGUAUCAACGGAAUAAAUGGCCCGAACUCCGCGCACGAAGAUAAGGAGCAGAUCCGGUCGAGGGGAAACCCGGACAAAAUCGGCGCGGUCGACCGUACCCGGAAGCCCGGCCAGCCGAUCACCACGAGUACUAUCGCCGGGAAGUCUUCGUCGUCGCAAAAAAAUAUCAAAUGCAAAAAUGUCUGGGUCUGGAAGAUUGCUAUGUUUGUCAUGCACAUUUUGCAUGAGUCGUGAUGCCUGUGAUGUAUGCCCCAGCAUCACAAAAUUUUGCGGGCAUCUUGAUGCCUAUCCCGCAUGAGAAAUCCUCUCUCCGCGGAGCAAAAACUGGACGCCUCUUGCUGCUCAUGCAAUACAGGUUUUUUUGGAUUCCAAAAAUAGCAUCACAAGUUGCAUUCUUCCAGACCCAGACAUUUUUGCAAUACAUAAAAAACAAGGCCAGGCAACUCGCCGCCGCGAAGCAGGAGCAACAGGUGCAGGGUGUGACUGGCGCGUCCAUGAACGCGACCAAACAGGACCCGAGGAUCCGGGUUCUUACUGCGGACAGCAACGGCGCGAUCUUCGAGUGGGAAGUGUUCACCGCGCCCAUGCUGCGGGACAAGCACGUCGUGCACCACAUUCAGAACAACGACCGACAGAAGUACCCGUGGGUGGAUAAAGCGUGGGUGAAAGCGGAGAUUCUGCGGAGGAGAAAGGAGUUGGAAUCCAUGCAGAGCAACCGGUAUCACAUUGAUGCAAAACAAGGAUCGUGCUCGUAGCAAAAAUUGCCGUGUAAUGCAUGAUAAAUCUAAACUUUGACUUUCUAGCUGAUCUAGCAUGACAGUCUCCAUUCUUUUUCUUCGGAUAUAAGUUUGUGAAAUGCAAUUUGUACUACUUUCUUACUUGCGCGAUACAUAGGGCUUUUUGCAAUGCAUAGCUGGCUAGUCACCGUCACCAGGGAAGAGUUGCGGAAUAUCGAAAGGAAAGAUCCCCCCUCCCCAUAUCAAAACGGAAUUUCUGAUGCUGGAUUUGUGUACACAUAUCAGGUCUGUAUUGCAGAGAGGCACUGCGGCCAGAUCCCCAGGCUAGGUAGGGGCGUAUGGGUCUUGUUGUUCAGCAUGGCAAGCGGGUCACUGUUAGGGCCAACAGCAUGGCAAAUCGCUUCCAUAGUGGGGCCGAAGCUUCUGCCCUUGUCUUCUUGCUAGACAGAUGUGAUUUGUGGCCUCAAAUCCGCAACACAAAUUUUUGGAAACAUGCCUUUUCGAUAUGGGGAGGGGGAAUUUUUACUUUUGAUACGGAAAAAGUGGAAUGGGUUCGACACGAAGCGGUACCCCCUGUACGAGCCCCCGUGGGCGUAUGGCGUUCUCAAACAUUACAUUCUCAACUGUUACAUGAAUUUGUCAUGCAAAAAUACCAUCAUUAUCCACACGAUAAAGCUGCUUUGCAUGACAAAUAUGCGAAGGGCUAGACAGCGCCGAAAUCUGUGCGGAAUUUUUAAUGCUACAGGUGCAACCUCCCCCCUUUGACUUUUGCCAUUCUUGCAUUACAAAUUCAUGGAACGGUUGAGAGUGUAACGUUUGAUAACGCCAUAGAGCGCGGUGGCAGGAUUUCCAACCCAACAACGAGCAGCGAAACAUGAUUCGACUACCACCACAGCCAGGGUCACCGUCGAUGACUUUGACCCGCUUGGAGAAAAAGAUCGCGAAACUCCCGUCGGAGCAGCCGCACGCCGGCCCGGCCCGACCGCCGUGGGCGAUAUUGCAGGACCCGGCACCGAAGGAGCGCUUCGCGGACGCGGGGUGGAAAACGGCAAAUCCCUGGGACUGGCAUGGGGAAAAGUGA